AUGAGUGGAAAAAAAGAAGGAAAAGUAUUCAAAAACAGUUCAAAGGUUAGCCAACUGACUAUACCAAAAGAUCAUAUGUUGGAAGAAUCAAUGAUAACAAGUGCUAGCAAUUCUUGGAAAAAUAUUAGUAAAGAGGAAGGAAAAGAAGAGGGGACUGUAACUAUCAAUAAUAAGCUAAUAGCGGAAGAUUUGAGCUCUGUAAUCGGUUUAAUGGCUUACGGUAGUCUCAAAAAUGACAUUGAUAGUAAUCUAGGAAAAAAAUAUGAUAGCAGAGCUUCCCGCCAACAUGCUGGUCGUUCAGUUAAUAAUUUUGAUAUGCUAUCAUCAUCAUUGACUUAUACUGAUUAUAUCAAGAAUGCCCAAGAAAUCCCUCAAAUCACAAUAAAAAAUCACGAUAAUACGAUGGAUGAUAGCAUUAGCAAAGAUGAAAUUGAAAAAUAUUCGGAAAACACUUCUGAAAUCACUAGUGACAAUGAUCGUUCGGACAUUUUUGCCAGCAAUAGUUUCGCAACUCGAAGUGAUAUUGCUAUUAAAGAGCAAAAUGCAAAAUUGGAAAAUCGUUCACGUAAGAAUUACCGAAAAAAUAUGAUAGUGGCGGGAAUGGAGAUGUCAACCAAUGAUGAUGAAUCAUUUCUAGAUGUAUCACCAUCAGAUAGAACAAGAUCAACAAAAAGUAGCGCAUCUUCUGAAGCGAGAACAACAAAUAUAACUGGAAGUGAAAUUACACAACAGUCCAAUGAUCAAUCAAUGGUUUCAUUAUCACAAAGAGUAAUAACUGAUACUAACUGGAUCAGUGAUAAUACAGUAUCGAAUGAUAGGAAUUCGAAUGACAGUUAUGAUAGUACGCAACAAAAUUCGACCUUUCAAUGGAACGAAUUACAGCCAAAUUCCAUUUCGCAAACGUUCCUUUCAAUCCCUCAAUCAAAUUCUGUUUUACGAAUGUCUCCACUCCGUCACAAGUUAUCAACAACAUCAUUAUCAUCAUCAUCACCGUCAUCAUCAUUAUCAUCACUAUCACUGUCAUCAUUAUCAUUUACUCACACAAUUCAUACUUUUUCGAAUGGGAAUGUAGGACAAAACAGCAAGUGUGCAUAUGCAAAUUCGAUACAUUUAUCUGAUUUCGAAAUACCUUCAUACCUGAAUGCCGUUCCAACAUCAACCUACAGCCAACAACAAUUCACUUAUGCAGCAUCAAAAGCAUGGAUACGUUCACAACAAAUCAAUGAUAUCAGGGGACUGUCACCAACAGUAUCUGAAAGCACACAAACUCAUACAAGCAAUGAUAGAAUCAAUUCGAAAUCGACACGAAGCGCUAAAAUUCUACCGAUAUAUCAGUUAGAAAAAAUGCCAAGAAGGUUUUCACAUAUGACUAAUGUUGACAAAUUCAAGUCGAAAUCAUUUUGUCAAACCGAAAAAAGAGCACAGAUAUGUCAUCAAUCUAAAAAAUAUGCAUCAAUUCUCUCAACAAUACCGUUGACAAGUCAAUCAUCAACUGUAUCAGAAAGAUCCGGAAAAUGCUGUAUCAAUUCGGGACCAUCCAUACCAUAUAAGUUUCCGGUUGAAAACCAAGUCAAAAAUUUUCGCACUAAUUUCAAACAAUCCAAUGAAUCGUCUCCAGAAACGAAUACAAAAUUUGUCCAUCCGAAAUUAUCGGAAAUGAUAUCAACAAACAGUGAAUUUAGUGAAAUUCCGAAUUGUUCGAAUUUGGGAAAGAAGCUAAAAUUGUCAGAUAUGGAAGAAGUACAAAUGGAACAAUCAAGUUCAAUUGAAGGAUUGAAAAUGAAAAUGAACAUGGUAUUAAUAUCAUCAAAACGAUAUCAAUCAUCCGAUGAAUAUAUCGGAAUUGGAGAGCAACAGGUCGAUCAAGAAAACAAUCCGUCCGGAAGUAUAUUGUCUCUUAAUUCCAAAGCAGCAAUAACAACUUAUGAAAGUACGCAAAAUCUGCCCACAACUGAACCAUAA